AUGGCGUCCACGUCACGUCAAAAUGUCGCGUCUGGAGGAAUAUUUGAUCUUCCUCGCGUUACUUACAGUGAAUCUACAAGACAACUCCUAAAAGCAGAUCUCCUGCAGGAGGCGGCCGUCAGCAGGCAGCACCAGCGGUACAUCGAGCGGUGGGUGGGCGGCGGCGGCUCGCUCCCCCGCCAGGAGGCUCUCGCGGCCAACAGCCAGGACCCCCACGCCCACGGGAGGCCCCCCACGGCCAGGAAGACGCCACGCCCACACAUCCAGGCCAAGCGGUCCCAUGAGGCCAUCAAGAACAUGGGACUCUACGCGCCCAACACGCACUAUGUGCCGCCGCCGCCCAAAUACGGACCGGGGUCGAAGGAAAGGUGCCAGGAACUCAUGGCCUACGGGCGUGAGGGCGUGACCACUCACCCGACGCCGAGGAGGAAGGCGCGGCAGAAUCUUCAGGAGCCGAAGACAGACCGGUUUUCGGAGUUGGUUCGCGAGAUGGAGGAACGGGUGCAGUGGCUUGAGGCGAUGGAGGCCGUGGGCGCCGGCGACGAGUACCGCCCCCUGAUCGCCUCUCAGCUGGCUCUCAAGCUUCGCGAUCUCGAACUGCUCGAUCAGGAGCGCGCCAGGGAACUCGCCCGCUCCAUGAGAAUUAGUCAAGCCGGACACUCGGUUUCUGAAGGUGGGAAAGGAGGCGAGGAAGGUGGAAACCCAAAGGAAGGAGGGACAGAGGAUGCUGCACCAGCGAGGGAAUAAGGCUUCAUGCUUUUGUUUUGUUUUUCUCUCUCUCUCUUUUAUUUUUCUUUUUCUUUUUUUUUCUUUUUCAUUUAAGUCCAAAUUCACUCGUAUAUUUUUUUCUCUCUAUGCGUCUGCUAGUGGUUAUUAUUAGUAUAAUUAUUAUUGCUGUUGUUAUCAUGUUAUUGUUAUCAUUAUUAUUAUCUUACUAUUAUUUUUAUUUAUGAUGAUCAUUAUUAUUAUCAUUGUUAUCAUUAUUAUUAUUAUUAUUAUUAUUAUUAUUAUCAUUAUCAUUAUCAUUAUCAUUAUCAUUAUUAUUAUUAUUAUUAUUAUUAUUAUUAUUAUUAUUAUUGUUAUUAUUAUUAUUAUUAUUAUCAUCAUCAACAUUAUCAUUAUUGUUAUUAUUGUUAUUAUUAUUGUUAAUAUUUAUUAUAAUUAUUGUUAUUUUUAUCAUCAGCAUUAUCAUUAUUAUCAUUAUUGUUAUUAUCAUUAUUAUUAUUAUCAUUAUUGUUAUUAUUAUUAUUACUAUUAUUAUUAUUAUUAUUAUUAUUAUUGUUGUUAUUAUCAUUAUUAUCAUUAUUAAUAUUAUUGUCGUUAUUAUCAUUAUUAUUAUUACUGUUGUCUUCAUUAUCAUCAUUAUUGUCAUUAUCAUUAACAUUGUUUUAAUUAUUAUGAUUAUUGUUAUUGAAGUUUUAGAGAAGAAUACAAUUAUAGAUACAAGGUAAUUUAGGAAGAAAAUAUCAGAAAUGGUACGAAUUAAUGUUUUGUCCUAAAGAGAAUACACUUCCAAAGAUUAAUUAUUAUAUUUGAUAAUUAAUUCAUGAUCAGAUCGUAAAAUGCGCUUAUGAAAGGCAGAAUGUUUAGAUCUUCAUGUUAUUAUAUCAAUAUAAUUAUAUUAUUCGCGAUGAAUGUUUUUGAUAAUUCACGGAUGUAAGAGAGAUGUACAGCAGUAAAUAAAAAUAAAGUAUAUGUUAUUUAA